AUGCCGCAGUGUAAGACGCAGCUUUCUCAGUGGCUUUUCCUCUUGUCAUGUGGACCAGUGGCUCUGAGCUUCGCACUAGAUAUUGUGAAGCUCCGGCGAAAGGAGAACCUAUCGCACCCUCAAGGUUUACUGCGGGACCGGUGUGGAGGUAGCGCAAGGAUACGGCAGGAAUGGAAGCAUAGAGACAACGAAACCGAGCAACGAGAACAGCAGCAGCAGAACUGUACUUCGUAUGACGAGGGCUGCUGCUCCUCUACGGUGUUCGGACAGCUCAUAUCUCCGUCUGCUCUUGACGAUCUAGCUCGAGCAGACUUCUUGUUACUCGAUAAGGGAGCUGUUGUUGAUGGGUCUACACUGCAUCUCCGGGGUGUAUGCGCCGGCGGCACCUGCUUUGCGAAAAAUCUCGCAACAGGCACAGCCGAGGGUCACCUUUGUGGCAGCGCCUUGAGUGCUGGGGUGCCCCUAGACUCUUCCAGCGACUGUGCUUGUCAGCGGGAGCCGACAGCACAUGGCGGCGCGGCGGGGGGUCAAGAUAUCGCUGACAACGAGCCCCCGCUAAGCUCCUGCGACGCCGGAGGAGCCCUUGUCGUCAGGUGUGGGAGGUGCGACAUCGAGAUGGAGGAUAUGUCCACGAUCGAGCACUACUACACGACGCACCAUUGCGUCCAUUUGCCACUGCUCAACGCCGUUCCUCUCAAGAAGAACCCAAGAAGGUAA